AUGGACGAUUCUAGCAAUGAUCACGGGGCGGCCACGGGAGAUGCUGUAACUCAAGCCCCGCCGAAGAGAGGACGUGGUCGACCUCGGAAGAAUCCCGCGCCAAGUACAGAGGCCCCUGUUAUCAAGCCCAAAGAAGCAAAGAGCAAAUCCACCAAGGAAAAUGGUCAAGCUACCAAGGAGACAAAAAAGGCAAAAGCCCCCAAAACCAAAGCACAACCACCAAAGAAGGAGGCCCCGCCUGAAAAAAAGAAAAGGGGAAGGAAACCCAAGCAGAAGCAACGAUCAUCUGAAGAGGAAGCUGAAACACCAAAUGAUGAUGCAUCCACAGAGGAGUCAUAG